GGUUGGACUCGAUGAUUUCAGAGGUGUUUUCCAACCUAAAUUGAUUGUGUGGUGCUCUUGCUACCGACUUGGGAGUUUAGGAAAUCCCCUUAAACAAUUGAUCUGUUUGCAUAACUGUCUUUUACUGUAAGUAUUCAAGAAGUACACUAUUAAUGUUUUAAAUAGUUAGCAAAGUACCUCUUCGUAUGAUUUAUUAGGCUGUAUUUGUACCAGGUAAUGAAAGGUGUUACCUCUUAGUUACCAUUUCAUUCGUUUUCUGCAGGGAACACUUCAGUGUCAAUAGUAGAUCUACAGCUGCUAUUAAAUCUUGAAAUGGGGCAAAAUCUGUGAAUUAAAGUACAUGUAAACCAGUUUAAGUCACAACAGUCCUCUUGUCUGGUCACUUCAUUCAGAAAUUACAUACAGAUAAAAAUGAAAAAAUGAACGAGGGUUCAUUUUAUUUUAACAAAUCUUUGUUAAACAAAUUAAGUCCUGAAUACUAAAAGAUGUUACAUUAUCGGUUUUUUCAUUUCAAAAUGCAUUUUAAGUAUUUAAGUAAUACUUUUGACUAGCUAGUUAUCAGUUAACAAAGAGUAAAAUCUAUGUUAAACAUGCACAGAAGUCUUAAACCAGACUUUAGUCUGGUAAUUCCAUGUAUGUUUAGGUAUAUAAUGCUGCUGUUGCACUUGGUACCAAGAUUUUUAUAAAGAAAGAACAGCCUUACAUAAGAAAUUAAUCUAUAUUCUUCAUUAUGCUAUUGUCUGAUAAAAUUUGUAUUAACUUCAAAUACAGGAGAAUUGACUUUGAGGCUAAUAAAUGAACUCUUUAGCUUAACUUUAUAGAAACGUUUUUGUGAGUGUAUAACAUCUAAACAGUGCAUGAAAAAGACCUGAAUGUACUUUUUUUUCCUGUUAUUUUAAAAUCAGCAGUGCAGGAAAGCUUUGACUGGGUCUGUCAGCUUUACUGUGGCAAACUGUUGUACAAAUACACACAAAACCCUCUGGCUGAGUUACACUGUUAGUGAAGGCAAGUUUACUGUGUCCGGGUUCUGGAAAGAGGAUAAGAGGAUAAUACAGCAUUUGUGCUGGUUUUUAGGGGCUGCUCGACAGAGCUAAACCUCAGUGCUUGUUGGUUGCUAAGAUGUUGUCACAGGAGAGUGGAAGGCUUAGACAAAGUUAUUAAAAAGCAAAGGUUUGUCGGUGAGUCUCGAGGCACAGAAAAGACUCCCUUUCUAAAGCCCUUCUCACAGAAGGGUUUGGGUGCAGCUGAAUCCUUUCUGAGCCUCGGACUGUGUGAUUUAAAUUUAAUAGAGGUGUGAUUAAACCACUUUGUCCCGCAGGUUUUAAUGAUUGGCAAAAUCAGAAUAUUUAUAUCAAAUGAAUAACUUAUUUUAUACAAAUGAUCAGACAAAAGAUCUUAAUCAGAAUUAUUUACUACACAAUAGAAACACUAAAAAUCUACUAGUAGAGCAUAAUAUAGCAAAAAGUAGUAUAGUGCACUGCAACAAAGCAAUUAUUGAAGCAGUUAUAUUAAAACUAACAAAAAGAAAUAAUUAUUAAGUCGAGAUCUGAUGUAGAGACCAAUGCUCAUGGGGAGAUCUCUUUCUUUCAGCCUCAAGAAGUGACCUUUGUGGGCAUCCCCAGCCAAGGGGGGAAUGUCCACACAUACACCCCAGAAGGGGUUAUGUCAGAAGAACCUGACUGCACGAGAGGGGACUGGACUUUUACAGUAUAAAGUGUGUCACACCUUUACAGGCCAGCUAUCAGCUCAUCUGUUAAAUCAGACUCCAAAAAGCAGGUUGUGUAUUCAAAUUCUGGUGGACCAGGAAUGGUUUGAGCAUAAUUAACACCAAGACAACAUCCCGGCUCCAGCACUUGAUCUUGCAUUAUAGCUUGAUUGGGUUUUAGGUUUUAUCAGGGUGGAUCUGUCCUGCCACACAGUAGAUGUCAAAGCUUUAUAGCUGACACUUCCCUCCCAAAUACAAAGCAACCAACAGAGCCAAAAGUGACUUACCAUGGAUUCUCAGUCAUCCUCCUGCCUCGAGGCACAGUAAACUAUUAUGAAAAUACCUCGAUGGAUGUUUGCUUAACCUGUUCUUAAAGCCUUGAACGCAGAUUCCACUCAUUCCUCAGGCAGUCUGGUCUAGUCCUUUUUUGAGUGUCUGGAUUAAAUACCUUUUGCUGCAGUUUAGCCCAUUUAUUCCAAGUGAAUGUGGACACUGUUCCCUUUCUUUUUGCAGAAAAGCACGGAUUAUUUUUUUUAACCAGUUCUGAAACACAUGAUCUUUUGUUGUUGCACACCUGUAGCUCCCAUCCAAUCUUUUCACAGCUCCCCAAAGUUCCCCUGGUGACAACUCUUCUGAUCUCAGUAGGAUGUGUUCCUUUUUCAGCCUCCUAAACUUGUUGACAGGUUCUGCUUGUGAUCUGCUCUGCCUGUUGGUUUCUCUUCUGCAAUUUAUUAGAACAAUUACUCCUUUCUCUGCAUCUGAUUUCUUUGUAGUGGUCUUUAUAGAAUCAUCACCCCCCCUUGCAAUGAUUUCACACUCUAGUCCUGACUUCCACUCUUUGCAGUCCCUCCCUGGCAUCAGCUGCAGGCCUUCCUUAAAUCUUUCCAUGUCUGAAUGGACUCCUGAAUGUAAUAUAGUUUAUACUCCAGAAGCGGAUAUGAAGAGUGAAGUUCCUUCUGAUGCACCAAAGAGACAGGAGAGUCUGAAGGGGAUCCUCUUGAACCCUGAGCCUAUUGGGGCGGCCAAAAGCUUCACUGCAGAAGUUGAGAUGAUUGCCAGUAAAGUAGGGAAUGAGUUCUCCCACUUAUGUGGUGACUCUCAAAAGCAGAAGGACAUGAAUGGCAACCACACAGACCAAGAAAAAAGUAUCGUGGUGCGAAAAAAACGCAAGAGCCAGCAGGCUGGUCCUUCGUACACUCAGAACUGUCCUGACAAGGAAAACAAAGGAAUCUUGGGAUUGAGACAGCAUCUAGAAACACAGAGUGAGGACAAUGACUCUUCUUUCAGUGACUGUAUCUCUUCACCUUCCUCUAGCUUACACUUUGGAGACUCUGACACAGUAACAUCUGAUGAAGAGAAGGAUGCUCCUGUCAGACACCCUCAGGCAGUGCUGAAUCCUGCGAGCAGAACUCACAGUGCCAGGUCACACAAGUGGCCUCGCACUGAGGCAGACUCUGUACCCGGGUUACUGAUGAAAAGGCCCUGCUUUCACAACAGCUCUUUAAGAAGGCUCCCAUAUAGGAAAAGAGUUGUGAAAACAGGUUCGUCCCAGCGGACACAGAACCAAAAAGAGCGGAUUUUAAUGCAGAGGAAGAAGCGGGAGGUGCUGGCUCGCAGGAAGUACGCGCUGCUGCCCAGCUCCAGCAGCUCCAGCGAGAACGAUCUCAGCAGUGAAUCUUCCUCCAGUUCAUCUACUGAAGGGGAGGAAGACUUAUUUGUGUCACCUGGUGAAAACCACCAGAACACUACAGCCGUUCCUUCAGGAAGUAUUGAUGAAGAUGUUGUGGUGAUUGAAGCAUCCUCCACUCCCCAGGUCACUGCUAACGAAGAAAUAAAUGUUACCUCAACAGACAGUGAAGUGGAGAUUGUCACAGUUGGUGAAAACUACAGGUCUCGUUCUGCACUUGGACACACAAGAUCCCACUGGGGACAGAGCUCUGGCUCUCACGCUCCACGAGCUCCGGAGCAGCGGAACCGCAGCAGGAUCUCCACGGUCAUCCAACCCCUGAGGCAGAACGCAGCUGAGGUCGUGGACCUCACGGUGGAUGAGGAUGAGCCGACAGUUGUGCCAACCACAUCAGCUCGAGUGGAGCCGCAGGUCGUGAGUUCUGCUUCCAGUACCAGUACCAGUACCUCUACCUCAGAGCAGGCCUCUGAUGCAGCUCCCACCAUCUCCACCAGCCAGCCCUCUGCAGCUCCAGAGACGACUCCCAGUCUUCCCAGUGGCAGCACUGCUGGCACUUCAGCUGGAGAUGACAUAAGAAGAACUGCAUCUAAUACAACACUGGAAACCGGCCCUCCGGCCAUGCCGAGGUUACCAUCCUGCUGCCCUCAGCAUUCUCCUUGUGGAGGACCUUCACAGACUCACCAUGCCUUGGGGCACCCACAUACAAGCUGCUUUCAGCAGCACGGCCACCACUUCCAGCAUCACCACCAUCACCACCACAACCCCCACCCAGCUGUCCCGCUCUCUCCUUCGUUCAGUGACUCCAGCUGCCCUGUGGAAAGGCCUCCCCCCGUGCCUGCCCCGUGUGGAGCAAGCAGCAGUUCUGGCACCACGUACCAUGAGCAGCAGGCACUGCCAGUGGACUUAAGCAGCAGUGGUAUAAGAAGUCAUGGGAGUGGUGCUUUCCAUGGAACGUCUGCUUUUGAUCCCUGCUGUCCUGGUUCUUCAUCCCGAACGACAAUCUACGGGCACCAGGCUGGGGCUGGGCCGAGCCAGUCCCUGACCAUAGACGGAUAUGGAUCGAGCAUCGUUGCUCAGCCACAGCCCCAACCUCCUCCUCAGGCAUCGCUCUCCUCCUGUCGCCAUUACAUGCACUCUCCUUAUGCUUCCUUGACCAGACCUCUUCACCAUCAAGCUUCUGCAUGUCCUCACUCUCAUGGAAAUCCUCCUCCACAGCCACAACCUCCACCUCAAGUAGAUUAUGUUAUCCCUCAUCCAGUGCAUCCCUUCCAUCCUUCAAUCUCCUCUCAUGCAUCUUCUCAUCCUGUUCCACCUCCACCACCAACUCAUCCUUUAGCCAAUGCAGCUGCUCCAAUCCCACAGCAUCUUCCUGCAACACACCAGCCUAUAUCCCAUCACAUCCCUGCAACAGCACCUCCAGCACAGAGGCUACAUCCUCAUGAAGUGAUCCAGAGGAUGGAGGUCCAGAGAAGAAGGAUGAUGCAACACCCAACACGUGCUCAUGAGCGGCCUCCUCCACAUCCUCACAGAAUGCAUCCCAAUUAUGGGCAUGGGCAUCACAUUCAUGUGCCUCAGACUAUGUCUUCCCAUCCUCGACAAGCUCCAGAGAGAUCUGCCUGGGAACUAGGAAUUGAAGCUGGUGUGACUGCAGCUACUUACCCUCCAGGGCCUUUGCAUCCUCACCUGGCCCACUACCACGCACCUCCUCGACUGCAUCACUUGCAAAUAGGGGCACUCCCUCUAAUGGUACCAGACAUGGCGGGCUACCCUCACAUCCGUUACAUUUCAUCGGGAUUGGAUGGAACAUCAUUCAGAGGCCCUUUCAGGGGCAAUUUUGAGGAGCUGAUUCACUUGGAGGAACGAUUAGGCAACGUUAAUCGUGGAGCAACACAGGGAACUAUAGAAAGAUGCACAUAUCCACAUAAAUACAAAAAGGUAACAACUGAUUGGUUCUCACAGAGGAAACUGCACUGCAAACAAGAUGCGGAGGAAGGAACAGAAGAAGACACAGAGGAAAAGUGUACCAUCUGUUUGUCUAUAUUGGAGGAAGGUGAAGACGUCAGGCGCCUUCCGUGUAUGCACCUUUUCCACCAAGUCUGUGUAGAUCAGUGGUUGAUUACUAACAAGAAGUGCCCCAUUUGCAGAGUGGACAUUGAGGCUCAGCUGCCCAGUGAAAGUUGACACUGCUUUCCAGAACUCUUGUCCUCCCGCUCGCUCCCUCUCAUCCCUCCUGGUACUGCAGUCAACCAAAGAUGGCAUGACUUACCUGCGCAGAUUUGGAACAUUGAACCUUAGAGUGCUGGCUCUGCUACAUGGUACAACUAAUGCUAGACCUACAGUUUAUUGUAGAAGACAGUUGAGUUUCAGUGUAUUUAUAAUUUUUUAAAAAUUUAUUAUUUUUUUUUUUUUAGGUUUUACAUUUUUUUUUCUUUCAAUUCAUUACUGUAUUUUUGCAUGGUUCCUUGUAUUGCAUUUGUUUGCACAUAUUAUGGGCUUUGUGACCCCAAACUUGCAGGCAAGAUUAGCUGCUUUAGUAAGUAGAAUUGUGUGGUCUCUUUCUUUUGGUUUGUUUUAUGUAGUACCAAGCUUUGAAAGUAUGAUUUCACUCAUUACUAACCUCGAAUUCCUUAAUUUAAUCAAUCAUAUAUUUUAGUUUAAAUGUAUAAAGAUCAUCUAGAAAAGGAUAAUAUUAUGUAUUGAGACAUUCCUUAAUUAGGAAAAAAUGGCUGCUGUAUAUUUACAAUAUCAGUUCUGAGUCAAAUAACAUCCUUAAUACUGGGAACAGAAUAUGGACUAUAUUCAGUUUGACUGAUACAUAUAGCAUACUCAUCACCAGAGUUUUUGUCUGAUCAGAUUUUUGUGUUUGUUUUUAAAAUUUCAGCACAAUGCAGAUAUAUUUGAAUGUCAAUAUUAAACAUUUAGACUGCUGUUCAGAUUGUAUUUAUCAUUUUCUUCUAUGUCUAGAAAUUUGAAUCCCUAACUUAAAUAUAUGCUGCUGUGAAACAGCUCUAGUGAACACUAAAUGUUGAUUUCAGUUAGCUGGAUUGUAGAUACUUGCAGAUUGAAAGACUUAUUAGGGAAAUGGAAAAGGAGCUUAGAAUCUGUUUGGUCUUCUGCUAACUUAAGUUGAAGUAUCUGCGCACAUUGAGGGUUGUUUUUUUUUCUUUUGUUUUUGGUUUUUUUUUUCCUUUUUGUUGUUGUUGCUGUUUGGGUUUUGUUGUUGGUUUGUGGUUUUUUUUUUUUAAUAUAAAACCAUUCAGUAAGGACUUAAAGCUGCAGGGUUUUUGUUUGGGUUUAUAUACAUGCAUUCAUAGAAUUUCUAAGGAUUCCAGGCGUGUCUUGGGAUUUUUAUUAGAUUUAAAGUUAAUAAAGUUAGCUAAAUCCACUUGUCUCUUGUUUUUAUUUUUCAUUAGUAAAUUGAAAGCCUGUAAAUUUCUGUAGAAACUGAGACACAAAUUAUGUGGUUACCUAGUUUUUGCCUUGAUCAUAGAUUCCCUCUUUAUAAAUUACCAACAGUCCAUCACUGAUUGAAGUAUUUUCUAUAGUUAAGAUUUGCUGCAUAAUAUAGUAUAUAGAAUUAAGUUAUAAUGUACUAACGUUUUGCCUUUGGAGGAGGUUUUAAUCCACUUCGGGAUCCAAGUUGCUUAUCAACAUUCUUUCACGUAUAAUAGAUUAUAGUUUAUUUAAAUGUGCUCGACAUUGCAAAAUGCAAAUGUGCAAAAACAUUGGGACAGUAUUACUGUCACUUUGGAAAAGAUGUUCCUCGGGGAUCAUAGAUAAACAUGUCAAUUAGCUUGCAUUAAGCCACCUGCUUUGUAAGUGGAUUGAAUAAUAAAUACCUUCAGUUUCUCUUGUCUUUGUCUUUCAUAAUCAGAUGAUGUGUACAAUGGUUUACAGUAAAUCUAGAAGACGAACUGUUAUGUUUACACUAAAAAACAUUUAUAAAUAUUACCAUAUCUAAUUUGAUGCCUGUUUCUGUGUGGUUCAAGCAGCUUCCUUUUUUUUUUUUUUUUUUUGGCUGGCAACAAACUUAACACCUCUGGCACUGAGGCUUUAAGUGUGUGAUAAAUGGACCUUCUCAAGCUUCAUUGUGUUGCUAGAACUGAACUUAAAACCACUUUUGCGCUUGUAAAUGGGGGAUGAGGGAGAGAGGCAGCCCAGGAUCUGACUGCUGCAAACCCUCCCGUGGGUUUCUGCUACAGCUUUUGAACAUGGUGGCUGUAGGAAAUUCAGAGUGACUGGAGUUGGAGCUGCCUUGCUAAAAAUGAAUAAAAGUAGCUGGAAGGACUGAACAGACACUUUCUGUUUUCCAGUGACUGAAAAGAAGGGAAGUUAGUUGACCACUAUUGUUUGAGGACUGAUGAUAUUUACUUCUAAAAGUUUCCAAGAAGGUACUUGAGAGACAUGGGACAAAAAACCCAGGGCCUCUAAAAUAAUAGACGCCGGGUAUCUGAUAGAAUCUAUUUUGGCUUUGUUACAGGACAAAGAAGCACAGGUUUGGGGGAUUUUUUCUUUUUUUCAUUUUCUUUUUUUUUUUUUUUUUUGGAAAUAUUUUAUGGAUCUGAUUUGAGUACCUGGUACUAGAGGUAUUUUAGUGGUCCAUGAUUUGAUUUGUUUUAUAACAGCUACUGAUACUGUCUUGCUUUUAAAUGUAUGCAUAACAUUGUAAUGUGAUGUUGAACACUUUUGUCAGGAAUCACAGUAUUCUGAUCUUAAUGCUAUUGCAGGGGCUAAAAAGCUGCAGCUUACUUCUGUUCCAGAAGGUUGUGACUUAACCGUAAUUUAAGAGAAGGAGAAAGAUUAGGCUUUUCAUUUUGAAAAUUUCCACCACUUACUGUGCUUUAUAUGCUUAGAUGCAUUGCCUUAAGUUUUCUGCAGCAUCUUUGACUUUGAAGAUAAGAUUCUCAACAGUAUGCAUCAAAUUACUUUUCAUAUAAAACUCCAUUGUCAAAAGAAAUCCUUUUGUAUGCAAUAAAUAAAAUGUUAGACUGGUAUCAUUCAAAA